AUGCACAAGUGGUUCAGCAAGCGCACGAUCCAGCUGGUGAACCGUCCACCGCCCUCCCAGCCGGAGGACUUCAGCGACCUGUUCGUCCUGGUCCUGAAGUGUUUCCGCCAGUUUGGCCUCAGCACGGUACAGGUUACAGCCGUCAAGGGCCAGCCCAAGUUCGUCACCAGUCGCGGGCUGGUGGUGCUGGUUGCGUUCGUCCUGGUCGUCACCUGGGCCGCCCUCGUCGGGUCGUUCUUUCUGCAGUACAACACGGCCAUGAUCACGGGGAUCGCGAACCACAUCCAGUUCAUUACGAACGUGGUGGCGCUGACGGCGACGCUGAUCGUUCCGAUGUUCAAGUGUUCCGAGUUGAACGAGAUGUUGGUCGAUUUCUGCGUGAUUGAUGCCGAGUUGAACUACUUUAACGUGAAGUUGCCCCACUGGCAGCACAAGAGUGGUUUCAUGCGGUGUUACGUGGUGCAUUUGUUGUUCUUGAUCAUUACGGCUAGUUUCGAUGGUUACGUCCUGUUGAUCAUGUCGAAGGAGACGCCGCUGUGGCUGUGGUUCUUUCAUCUGCUCCCGUUCGCGUUGUACUCGUUGGCGUUCAUGAACGCGUUCACGAUGAUCCGAUGGGUCAAGAUCAGGAUUCAACAUGUGAACAUGCUGAUCGAGCAGUACCAAAAGUUCCCGCUGUUUGACGAGGUUGGUCGUAGCAAGUUCAGGCUGACCUCGGUGGUCAUGAUGAACGGCGUGGAGGAAUCCAGCAUCAACAACCGCAUUCUGAUGAUCGUGUCCCGUACGAUCGACCUGGCAACCCGGCUCGAGUCCUACAACGGACUCCUCUUCCUAUUUGGCUACCUCGCUCUAUUCUGCGUCACCACGAUCCAGGUGUACUACUGCUACCUCCACGUCUUCAUCGGCAUCCCCGGCCAAAGCUUCUCGGUGUACUCGUUCGUACUAUCGCUGGUGAUCAUCGUCGGUAACCUGUUCGCGAUCCUCUCGAUCCCGUACAUCUGCGAACAGGUCGGUAACGAGUCCAAGAAGCUGCUCUCCUACCUGUCCAAGCUGUCGAUGCGUUACGGCCAGAGCGUCCAUUCGUCGGUUUGGUUCCCGAACCUGAUCUCGAGCGUCAAGUUCUCCGCGCUCGGAUUCUUCAACAUCAACUACAACAUGCUGUCCUCGUUCUUUGCAGCGCUGAUCACCUACCUGAUCAUCUUCAUCCAGUUCAACUCGAUCGUGACGAACGACGAAAAGACAGGUCAGGCGACCAGAUCGGGCAAGGCGAAUCAUAGACCAACGGAGUAUUGA